AUGGUCUGGGAGGAGCCCGUGAAGACGCUCCUUGAGCUCAUGCAGCUGGUGAACCUGGAUCUCAGCAUACUGCGGGUGCAGUGCAUCGUGGGAAACGAAGAUCCUGGUCUCUCCUUGCUCAUCAUCCUGCUGAUGCUUCCUGGGCUUUGCGCUCUGGGCGGGGUGAUGGGUUGGAUGCUGGCUCGGUUCAAGAACGACGUCUUCAGCUGGGCGAGGUAUCUCAAUGUCGUGGGGCUCCUCUGGAUGUUCGGUUACCUUGCCAUUGUCAUGGCUUUGACCCGGCCCAUCCACUGCGUGUCCAACCCCAAUGGAACGCAGAGUAUGAAGUCUUUCCCUGGGAAAGUUUGUUGGAACGAGGCCCAUGCCCCUGCAGCUGCCGAAUCUAUCUUUGGUUUGCUCGUCUUCGGCGGCGGCUUCCUCGCCUACAUACUACAGGUGGUUUGGCGCUAUCCCACUUUGGUGAACAGCGGGCACGGCCUCAAGCUGCUGACGCAGUAUCGUUUCCUCUUCAACCGCUUCGGGAGCCACGCGUACUACUGGGGUCCUUACUUUGUGGUCCAGAAGUUGUUGGUGGCCAUCGUACCAAUCCUCUUCGCAGAUAGCGCAGUCGUGCAGAUUAUGCUUCUGUCACUUCUGAUGGUUGUGUACCUGGCUGCAUGCUGUCAUAUCAAACCGUGGGCGACGUAUCUGGCCAACAUGGCAGAUGUGUUUCUGAAUAUGGGAUUGAUGCUGCUCUUGCUCAUCGCCGCCUUCCUUGCCGACUCUGCCAGCAGUGACAGCAGGAGCAAGCUGAGUGUCAUCCUGGUGCUUAUGCUGGUCCUGAUUACCCUGGGUAUUUUUGCUUUGGCGACCUUCGCCAUUCUCAGGAAGCUGUUCCCAGGCAAGAUGUAUGACUACUUCUUGUGCCAUCACAAAGCAGGCGCGGGAACUGUGUGCCGAUGGCUGAAGACGGAGAUGCUGAAGCAGUCAAGACAAAGAGCGAAGAUUUUUCUUGAUUCUGAUGAAUUGGAAGGCUUAGCCGACAUCGGCGAUAUCGUGAAGAGCCAGACGGGGACCUUGGUGAUCGUAGCGACGAAGCUGGUUCUCACUCGGCCCUGGUGUGCCGUGGAGAUUACCAGCGCCGUGAACAACAAGGUAGAUAUCACAAUGGUAGAGUGUGCGGACUUCAGCCAUUAUGAUGAGGAGGGCUUCCAGAACUUACGUGAAGGUUGGGGAAAUGCGGACAUCAUGAUCUUUGCGCAGAACUCGAUCGACCCAACCAUCAUUGAGGACUGCUACCGUCACUUGCUGUCUGUGACCCGGAUUUCUUUCGAUGCCAGAGGGCCUCCACGAAAGCAUCAAGAAGUGGUGGCGAAAAUUCUGAAGCUGCCACCCCCGAAGGUGGAGGAGGACGAGCAGGAUGCUGAUAUCGUCGUCCUCGGCUCCUGCAGCAGCUCCGAGGGGAAAUUCACCUGCCAGGUCCUGGCUGACAUGGUCAUCCAGCGAAUAGCCAAGCGGGCUGUGGUGGCCUGCAGCGUUGACAAAGCUUUGGUGGCUGGGGCGACAGCGCAGUACAUGCUGGUGGUGCUCAGUGCCGGCCUCCUUGGCGAUGAUGCCUUCUUGGCCAUGUUGGAGGCCAUGGACACUGCCUUUGCAGAGCGUCUGGAGAUUGUCAGUGCAAUGGCGGACCAAAACUUUGAGUUCCCCUCUGCGCAGUAUUUCCAGUCCUUGGUCAACAACGGCAAGCAAGACCUGGAGCAGUCCGUUCGGCGAGUGGUGAACAUCUUGGCCCUUCCAUUCAACCCGCAGGUCUCCAGCAAGGUUAUGGGGGCGCAGGCUGAUGAGCUCUGCAGGAGGUUCCGCUUCAAGGAGGAACCUGUCAGAAGGUCAUCAAUGAUCAGGUCUUCAUUCUCUUCUGCGGCUCCAGAGGCGGAAGCUGUCAACGAGGAGGGCAAGGCAGAGGGCAACCCGGAGCGGGCCGACUCCAAGUGCAGCAUUCCCGGCAUCUCUGUGUCCAACGACGUGCAAACCAUGGUUUUCUGA